AUGGACCCGGAAUCAGCCAUAAUGGAUGCCUCCGACCGGAAGCUCCCCUUUGAUGUGCGAACAGCGACGGUGACAACCCUGUAUGGUCUCUUGCAGGCCGGUCAGACAACCGUUGUUGAGAUAGUCGAAGCCUAUCUGGCACAGAUCGAGAGACACAACAAAGCUGGGCUCGGCUUGCGGGCAAUUAUUUCAACUGCACCUCGGCAAACAGUCCUAUCAUGGGCCGAAAAGCUCGAUUGCGAGAGACGUAAUGGUAAAGUCCGAAGUGCGCUACACGGGAUCCCCAUUGUCGUCAAGGAUGCGAUAGUCACAUCCAAGGCGCUCGGCAUGCCCACCACCGCGGGAGCAACCGUUUUUGACAAGACCUAUGGAAAGAAAAAUGCAGAGGUUAUCGACUCGCUACUACAGAGUGGGCUAGUCAUCCUCGGGAAAGCUAGUAUGACGGAGUUUUGUGGCCUCAAAGCGCAGUGUAUGACGGCUGGCUGGUCUGCCAUUAACGGCUUAACUCAAUCGGCCUAUAUCCCAGGCGGUUUCCGUGAAGAUGAUAUCUUUAUCGGUCGCUCCGGCCCUGGAGGUUCCUCCUCUGGAUCUGCGGUGGGUGUCUCGGCCGGGUUUGCACCUCUAUCUUUAGGAACCGAAACGUCCGGCUCGAUCUGUAUGCCUGCGAACCGCGCAGGCUUAUAUUCCUUGAAAGUGACGGGUGGAACUAUUUCGACAGAAGGACUCUUUACCCUGAGUCGGGAUUUCGACGGACUGGGCGGUAUGGCCAAAUCUCCUGAAGACCUCGGAUUAUUAAUAAAUCUGCUAAAUGGAACUCACAAUUCCGACGCCCAGUCCUUGAAAUGGGAGGAUAUUUCUGUUGGGUUCGUGGAUCCAAUUGUAUGGAACGCUUUCCAGUUUCAAAAGACGCGUGACGAGGUCGUUGAGAAGCAGAUUCUUGAUGGAUACGAAUGGGCAAAAUCUCAAAUAACUCAACGAGGUGCUAAGGUCGUCUAUCCCAUUAGACUACCUGCUAUGGAGGAUCUUCGCUACGACGGGAAGAGUGUCAAUCAUUCAGUUUCAUUUUUCGAGUUUCCAGAGCAGUUUCGGAAGUUCUGCGCGCUUUUGGAAGACCCGGAAGUGAGAUCAGUCCAGGAAUUGAUCGAUUUCAAUAACAAUAACGCUGCACGCGCCAUGCCCAAGCCACACACCGACCAGACCGAUCUGAUUCAGACGCUCAAGUCAUCGAUGACUAGUGAAACCGUUGCUGCUGCAAAAGCCCAUGGUAGGCGGCUAGCCGGUUCGCAGGGGAUUGACAUCGCUCUUAUAGAGAACGAAAUCGACAUGAUCAUCGGCCCGGGGGACUGUUCCAUUUGCGCAGUCGCCGCUUUAGUCGGCUACCCUACAGCUAUGGUGCCGUUGGGUCGGCUUGAGGGCCCAAGGGGAAUGGGCCAGCCCCAAGGGCUUAUGAUAGUCGGAGGAACUAGAGGGGAAAGUAAGAUUUUGGACUUUAUGAAGCUAUGGGAACGAGUGAUUGGUCCAUGGAGAAUUCCUCCUUUGCUACAAACCGAGUGA